CGAGAUGUCUGGCGGUACCCUCUACACGUAUCACGACAACUUCAGAGCUUUCAAAGCUCUCAUUGCGGCUCAAUAUAGCGGUGCGAAAGUGAAAGUGGUCUCUGAUCCUCCCGAGUUUGUGAUUGGUGAAACCAACAAAUCGGAGGAAUUUUUGAAAAAGUUUCCGCUUGGAAAGGUGCCUGCAUUUCAGGGAAAUGAUGGAACUUUGUUGUUCAAAAGCAAUGCUAUAGCAUAUUUUGUUGCAAAUGAAGUUUUGAGAGGUUUGAAUGUUUCAGAUGCUGCAUGCAUUCAGCAAUGGCUUGACUUUGCUGACAAUGAUAUCCUGCCUGCCUACUGCACCUGGAUCUUUCCAAUCAUCGGCAUCCUCCAAUACAACAAACAGAACACAGACAAAGCAAAAGAAGACAUAAAAUUUGCAUUAGGAGUGCUGAACCAACAUCUUGCUGGAAGAACAUACCUUGUCGGAGAACGAAUUACUCUUGCUGAUAUUUGUGUGGCAUGCCAUCUUUUAACUCUCUAUCAAAAAGUUUUAGAGCCUGAGUUUAGAAAACCUUUUGUCAACACAAAUCGUUGGUUUGUUACCAUGGUCAAUCAACCAGAAUUCAAAGCUGUAGUUGGAGAUGUUCAUUUGUGUGUAAAAGCUGCUCACCCAGAUAAUAAGGCACACCACGUUCAACAUGGGCCUGUUCAUCAUGGUCAUCAUGGACAUGGGCAUGGUCACCAGCCUAAAAAGCAAGAAAAACCUUCAGCUCAUCAGGAAAAACAAGAAAAACCUAAAGAAAAACUACAAGAAAAGGCUAAAGAUCAAGAAGAAGAAGAUGAAAACGAAUUUGCAGAAAAGCCUACAUCGGAUCCAUUUGCUGCUCUGCCUAAAGGCUCUUUUAACAUGGAUGAAUUCAAAAGAGUUUAUUCAAACAACGACACUAAAAAAGUUGCUCUUCCUUAUUUUUGGGAAAAGUUUGAGAAGGAUAACUAUUCUAUUUGGUUUUGUGAAUACAAGUAUCCAGAAGAGCUUAAACUCAUUUUUAUGAGUUGUAACUUAGUUUCAGGCAUGUUCCAACGGCUGGAUAGAAUGAGAAAGCAUUCUUUUGGAAGCAUGAUUGUAUUUGGAGAAGAUAACAAAAACACUAUAUCUGGUGUCUGGUUUUGGAGAGGACAAGAUUUAGCAUUCAAAUUAGCGGAUGAUCUGCAAAUAGAUUAUGAAUCAUAUACAUGGAAGAAAUUGGAUCCCAGCAGCGAAGAAACGAAAAAAUUAGUAGAGGAAUAUUUUUCGUGGGAAGGUCAUUUUGAAGGCAAAAAGUUCAACCAAGGAAAAAUUUUCAAAUAAUAUGUUGCAUGCUAAUAUAUUAUAUAUAAACUUUGAAAAUUGACGCUUCAAAAUAAAGAUUUUGUGAAA